AUGAGUAAAGAGCAAGAACGACUUUCAACAUUCACGGACAUAUUGGAUAGCAGUUAUGUUAAUAAUUCACAACCACUUUCAUUGUCUUCUGGUAAGACUGAUGGUUCAUCACUGGAAGAAUUUAUAAAUAAUAUUGAAUCUAAAAUUCAAAGACCUGAACGAGGCACUGGUCAAGAAGGUCAUUUUCGAAGUAGGGAAGAAAUAGAUAAAUCUUUAGUCGUGUGCGCACCUACUGGUUCUGGUAAGACUGUUGUAUUUGAAAUGGCAAUAGUUCAGCUACUCAUGGAAAUAGAAGACAAGAAACUCAACCAGGACUUCAAGAUUAUAUACAUGGCACCAGUCAAAGCCUUAUGCACAGAACGCUUGACCGAAUGGUAUCCGAAAUUCACAAAGCUAGGCUUGCUCUGUAUCGAGGUAACUGGCGAUACUGAUGUGGAUUUUCCGGACUUAAAACCAUAUAGAAUAAUUAUAACAACCCCAGAAAAAUGGGACAUGUUGACGCGACGUUGGAAGGACCACAGUAGCAUGGUAGAGGUUAUAAAGCUGUUUCUUAUAGAUGAGGUUCAUAUUCUUAAUGAUAAUACACGGGGGCCCGUUCUCGAAGCGGUCGUUAGCCGCAUGAAAGCUAUUGAGUCCUCAGCAAAAUCUGUUCAUCGUAUAAAAAAACUGCAAAGACAAUAUCAAAACACUGAUGAUCAAAGCGUUAUAGAAACACCUGCACCUAAGAUACGUUUUAUUGCGGUUUCUGCUACUGUUAGUAAUCCGGAAGAUGUCGCUAACUGGUUGGGUACAGCAGAACAGCCAGCAGUUUUUUACAAGUUCGGCGAUGAAUGUCGUCCAGUAAAAUUGAAACUCCUUGUGGAGGGUUACCCAUGUGCAGAGGGGUCCAGUAUAUUCAAGUUCGAUAUUAUCCUCAACUACAAGCUAUGGCAGAUAAUACAGAAAUACCACAACAAAAAGCCUACUUUGGCAAGUAACAUUCUCUUUACCUAA